AGGCCCAUUUGCUCUUCUUUUUCUCAAGGAUCAACUGCAUCACAUCUACGGAAUUUCAUACCCACACGAAAUCCUGGAUACAAGGACAUCAUGGAUCCUACCCCUGGAGUAAUUGUCUUACCCGAGCAACAUACUUGUCUUGGUCCAGCAGAGAAAUUGAAGAACAAAAGCUUCUGCAUCCGUAACAAUAAGCCCUGUCUAUAUGAAAUACAAACUGACGAACUAUUCAGAGAUGAAAAAUUUCGGAUAGCAAAACGUAUUUUACCUUUCAAGGCCGUCGAGAGCAGGAAAGAAAAGGUAUUGAUACUGCUUGGAGCCACUGGAGCAGGCAAAAGUACCUUGGUGAAUGCCAUUUUGAAUCACUUCUAUGGCGUGGAGUGGGAGGAUCCGUUUCGACUGGUCUUGAUUCGCGAUGAUGAAAACGAAGACCUCCUCAAGUCACAGAGUCAGACGUCCUGGAUCACAGCCUACACCUUGCCCUGGCAACAGGGAUGUCAAGCACCAUACCAUUUGACCAUAGUUGAUACGCCGGGAUUUGGGGACACUAAGGGAUUAAUGGGAGACAAGAGCAUCAUAACCCAACUCCAGAAGUUUUUCUCGGAUGCACCACCACAAGGCAUGGACCAUCUCGAUGGGAUCGGCUUCGUCCUUCAGACUUCCAACGCCAGAUUGACUCCGACAGAGAAAUACAUUUUUGAUUCUGUUUUUUCUGCUUUUGGGAAGGACAUCAUCAACAAUAUUUAUGUCUUAAUCACAUUUGCCGACAACAAUACCCCACCUGCUUUAGAAGCUCUAAAAGUGGGAGAAAUACCUUAUGUAGAUUACUUUCCCUUCAACAAUUCGGCAUUGUUUGCACUCGAAGAAGGAACUGAUGAGGAAUAUGAGGAUCUUGGAAUAAAGAAGACGUUUUGGACAUUGGGGAAAAGAAAUUUCUCCAACUUUUUCAGGAAAUUCCAAAAAUCUCAGUCAAUAAGUCUCCAGCUCAGCAAAGAAGUUAUGAAGGAGAGAGAUGCCCUUGGAGCAAUGAUUCAAGGACUCCAGAGUCGCAUCGAAAUGGGCCGUUGCAUGAUUUGUCCUUCUAAAUGCCAUUGGAAGAAGCAUGUCAACAGUCCAUAUCGACUGGUACCAUACAUUGUGAUUGAAACGAGGACACUAGAGGAUCUGAGGCAAUCCUAUGAAGAAGCCUCAAAAGGACGACUUGAUUCAGAAUCGAUCAUCAGUGAUCUAAAAGGGCGACUGAAGGAAUGUCGACAUGAGAUCUUGAACCUAACAUCUCAAAGAGAAGACAUUGGGAGUGAUAAGGCUCACACGGGCGCCGAAGCAGCCGGAACAGUGCCAAGAACAACUUGCAUGACCAAGAAAGAUCACAACUCUUCCCAUUCUACGGUUCGCCAUAUCAUCCCUUGCAUUGGCCUUAGCUUCAUGACUUUAAGGCUUCGUUCGGGGACAUGA